AUGGCAGCUUCUCAGGGACGGCUGACGUUCCAGGAUGUGGCCAUAGACUUCACUCAAGAGGAGUGGGAAUGCCUGGACCUCGGUCAGCGGGAAUUGUAUAGGGACGUGAUGUUAGAGAACUACAGGAACCUGGCCUCCUUGGCAGGUCUUGUGGUCUCUAAGUCAGACCUGAUCACCUUUCUGGAGCAAAUGAAGAAUCCCUGGGAUGUAAGGAGACUGGAGAUGCCAGCCAUGUACACAGGUGGGAUUGGAGCACACCGUCUGGGAGAGAAGCCCCUGAGGAUUGCUGCUCUGGGGAUGUUCCCCUUGGGGUGUGCUCACGCGUUGUGUGAGUCUCAAGUGACCCUGGUCGGCACUGCACUUGGCCCCACCUCAACCGUGGGAUAUCUCCUCACAGCCAACAGCAGUCUUCUGCCUGGGUCUGCUCUCCACACCCCACGUUCCAGCACCCAGCCCUUGUCUGCAGCAGUGGACACCCUCAGGCUGGGUGGACAGGGCAGGGGUCAGUACCCCGUGUGUCUUCCACUACAGAAAAGUACACAUACAGGAGAGAAGACUUAUAAUUGUGAAUAUAGUGAUAUUUCUAAUCAGUCUUCAAAUCUUACUCAACAGCAGAAUAUUCAGGAUCCGCAGAAAAGUUACAAGUGUAAGAAAUGUGAGAAAGCCUUUACUAACUCAGCCAGUCUAAGUAGACACAGGAAAAUUCAUUCAGGAUGGAAACCUUUCAAAGGUACAGAGUGUGGCAAUGCUUCUAAUCAGAAUUCAAAGCUUAGUCAAGAUCGGCAAAUCCACACUGGCAAGAAACCUUAUGAAUGUAAGGAAUGUGGAAAAGCCUUUAUGUCUUGCUCAAAUCUUAGUCAACAUCAGCGAAUUCAUACUGGGGAGAAGCAUUAUAAAUGUACAAAGUGUGGCAAAGCCUUUAAUCAGAACUCAAAGCUUACUCAUCAUCAGCGAAUCCAUACAGAGCAGAAACCUUACAAGAAAUCACACAAAUGUAUGAAGUGUGGCAAAGCCUUUAAUAAGAAGUCAAACCUUACUCAACACCAUAGAAUUCAUACUGGAGAGAAGCCUUAUAAAUGUAAGGAUUGUGCCAAAGAAUUUAAGCAGUGCUCAGGUCUCACUUACCAUCGGAAAAUUCAUACUGGAGAGAAGCCUUAUAAAUGUAAGGAUUGUGGCAAAGCAUUUAGACAGCACUCAAGUCUUACUAAACAUCAAGUAAUCCAUACUGGAGAGAAAUCUUAUAAAUGUAAAGAAUGUGGAAAAGCCUUCAGUUACUACUCAACUCUUACUAAACACCAGCGAAUUCAUACUGGAGAGAAGCCUUAUAAAUGUAAGGAUUGUGGCAAAGAAUUUAACCAGUGCUCAGGUCUCACUUACCAUCAGAGAAUUCAUACUGGAGAGAAGCCUUAUAAAUGUAAGGAUUGUGGCAAAGCAUUUAGACAGCACUCAUGUCUUACUAAACAUCAAGUAAUCCAUACUGGAGAGAAAUCUUAUAAAUGUAAAGAAUGCGGAAAAGCCUUCAGUUACUACUCAACUCUUACUAAACACCAGCGAAUUCAUACUGGAGAGAAGCCUUAUAAAUGUAAGGAUUGUGGCAAAGAAUUUAACCAGUGCUCAGGUCUCACUUACCAUCAGAGAAUUCAUACUGGAGAGAAGCCUUAUAAAUGUAAGGAUUGUGGCAAAGCAUUUAGACAGCAGUCAUGUCUUACUAAACACCAAGUAAUCCAUACUGGAGAGAAAUCUUAUAAAUGUAAAGAUUGCGGAAAAGCUUUCAGUCACUACUCAACUCUUACUGAACACCAGCGAAUUCAUACUGGGGAGAGGCCUUAUAAAUGUAAGGAUUGUGGCAAAGACUUUAGGAAGCACUCAGGUCUUACUUGCCACCAGAUAAUUCACACUGGAGAGAAACCUUAUAAAUGUAAAGAAUGCGGAAAAGCCUUCGGUCACUACUCAAGUCUUUUUCAACACCAGCGAAUUCAUACUGGAAAGAAACCUUACAAAUGUAAAGAAUGUGGAAAAGCCUUUAUCAAGAACUCACAUCUUACUCGACAUCAGAGAAUUCAUACUAAAGAGAAACCUUAUAACUGUAAGGAAAGUGGCAAAGGCUUUAAUCAGAGCUCUCACCUUACCAAACAUCAGAAAACACAUACUGGAGAGAAACUCUAUGAAUGUGGUCAAGUUUCUAACCAGUCAUCACAACUUACUCAACAUCCGAGUAUUCAUGCUAAGGGGGAACACUGCAAGUGGAAUAAAUGUGGGAAAGUCUUUCCUCAAUUAUCAAAUCUAAACGGACACAGGAAAACCCAUACUGGAGGGAAACCUAACCAAUGCACAGAAUGUGGCAAAACCUUUAGCAAGCCCUCAAACCUUACUCGACAUUUCAGAACUCAUACUGCAGAGAAGACUUACAAAUGUACAGAAUGUGGCAAAGCCUUUACUUGGAAUUCAAACCUUAAUCAACAUAGGCGAAUCCAUACUGGGGAAAAACCAUAUAAAUGUCAGAAUUGUGGGAAAGCCUUUAACCAAAGUAUGGCACUUACUCGACAUCAGCGAAUCCAUACUGGGGAGAAGCCAUAUAAAUGUCAGAAUUGUGGGAAAGCUUUUAACCAAAGUAUGGCACUUACUCGACAUCAGUGAAUCCAUACUGGGGAGAAGCCAUAUAAAUGUCAGAAUUGUGGGAAAGCUUUUAACCAAAGUAUGGCACUUACUCGACAUCAGCAAAUCCAUACUGGGGAGAAACCAUACAAGUGUAAAGAAUGUGGCAAAGCUUUUAUCACUUCCUCAAAUCUUAAUCAACAUCAGAGAAUUCAUACUAGGGAGAAGCCUUAUAAAUGUACACAAUGUAACAAAGCCUUUAAUCAGCAUUCACAUGUUAUUCAACAUCAGCAAAUUCAUACAGGACAGAAGCCUUAUAAAUGUACAGAAUGUGGCAAAGCCUUUAAUCAGAGUUCAAACCUUAAUAAACACAGGCGAAUUCAUACUGGGGAGAAACCAUACAAAUGUAAAGAAUGA